CGCCCUCGGCGCCCCGCGGCGCUCCCCGGUCCCGCCCGCCAUGCCCGGCCCGGCCGCGGGCAGCAGGGCCCGGGUCUACGCCGAGGUGAACAGCCUGAGGAGCCGCGAGUACUGGGACUAUGAGGCUCACAUCCCGAGCUGGGGUAAUCAAGAAGAUUACCAACUGGUUCGAAAACUUGGUCGGGGGAAGUAUAGUGAAGUGUUUGAGGCCAUUAACAUCACCAACAAUGAGAGAGUGGUGGUAAAAAUUCUCAAGCCAGUGAAGAAAAAGAAGAUAAAGCGGGAGGUUAAGAUUCUGGAGAACCUUCGUGGUGGAACAAAUAUCAUUAAGCUGAUUGACACUGUGAAGGACCCUGUGUCAAAGACACCAGCUUUGGUAUUUGAAUAUAUCAAUAAUACAGAUUUUAAGGCUCUGGAUUACUGCCACAGCAAGGGAAUCAUGCACAGGGAUGUGAAACCUCACAAUGUCAUGAUAGAUCACCAACAGAAAAAGCUGCGACUGAUCGACUGGGGUCUGGCGGAGUUCUACCACCCUGCUCAGGAGUACAACGUCCGUGUCGCCUCCAGGUACUUCAAGGGACCAGAGCUCCUGGUGGACUAUCAGAUGUAUGAUUAUAGCUUGGACAUGUGGAGUUUGGGCUGCAUGUUAGCGAGCAUGAUCUUUCGAAAGGAACCCUUUUUCCACGGACAGGACAACUAUGACCAGCUUGUUCGCAUUGCCAAGGUUCUGGGUACAGAUGAGCUGUAUGGGUAUCUGAAGAAGUAUCACAUAGACCUAGAUUCACACUUCAACGAUAUCCUGGGACAACAUUCACGGAAACGCUGGGAAAACUUUAUCCAUAGUGAGAACAGACACCUCGUCAGCCCCGAGGCCCUAGAUCUUCUGGACAAGCUCCUGCGAUACGACCACCAGCAGAGACUGACUGCCAAGGAGGCCAUGGAGCACCCGUACUUCUACCCCGUGGUGAAGGAGCAGUCCCAGCCCUGCGCAGAUAACGCUGUACUUUCCAGUGGCCUCACGGCAGCCCGAUGAAGACAGGGAAGCGACGGGUAAUGCGGCGUUGAUGCUUGCCAAUAAAACCAACCAACCAAACAAAUCUUGAAGGAAAACUACAGUGUGAUAAAAAGAAAUUCUAGUCAUUCCUUCUAAACGCAAAGAAGAGUAAAGACCUAAAAGUCUGUCAAAAAGAAAGAAACUCCCCAGUACUAGUCUGCAGGGAGCUGCCGCUCUGGCAGCGUGACGAUGCACAUAGUUCAGGAUCUGAGGGCCUCUCCCUUUGGAAUGCAUGGGAGAUGAGAGAGUCGGAGUUGUUGUGCAGUUACCUUUACUUAGCAGGAGACCGCUGUUGAAUUAACACGUUCGGUCAACAAGCUCUGAAUAUCUGACUUCCUAUCUAUUCCACUGUGGUCUGGGUUUCCUUGGGUGAGAUUCAGGUUCAAGUUUUAGCAACACGUCAGCAGUCUGUCCUGACACACCAGCCUCAUUUACGAAGAGGAGGUAUUAAAACAGUGACAGUAUUUUUUUUUAAAGCUCUUUUACAAAUCCAUGUUUUAUGUAUUUUUUUAUGACAUGAGCUCUCUAGGAAAUGUACCUCAUCCCUGCAGGUUCCUUCUAAGUGAAUUCAUUUGGGAGCAAACUGCAGCCACUCUCACGAGUCCCCUUUGAUGUCAGCAGACAUCACGUUAAACCUUGUGAUGCCAUGAAUAGGUCCAUGUGUCUCAUCAGAAGUUAGAUGCUAAGUGCAUAUCCUGGAGCUCACUGUAACCUUUGUUGAUUUGCCUAACCAUAAAAUCUUGUUGCUAUUUUUUUGUGUAGCUUUUUUUUUUUUUUUCUGGCAGCCUUAUAAGGAGACCUCACCAUUUCCUAGCACAUCCUGUGUGUGCACCUAUUUUAAUGCAUCUCUCUGAAACAAAGACUUUGUUCACAACCGUAACUAAAGCUGGAAGUCAGUCUUUAGACAGGUUGGGGAGGGAGAAAAAUGUCCUUUAAGAAUUUAUUAAGGAAUGACCUAUUGGGUGAAAAAAAGGUCCUUCCCCACCCCCACCCCCCGUUUUGCGUCUUUUUAUCCCCAUGAGAAAUAAUUUCCCGCUGUAAUCAGGGUAAUCUGCAUUUUUUUAAAGCUCUGAUAGGUAGUACAUGAAUGUGACGGCAAAGAUAGUGUGUCUCACGUGCAGGGACUGGAGUUGGUGGGCAGGGCCACCCCAUUACCCAAGCGACCGACGAGAGCAACAUGCAAGGGGCUCGGGAAAGGGAGUGGAGCUCCCGGAGCAAGUCUCGAAGCUUGGGAUCCAUUGUGCUAGCCUUCACCUUAGCAAAGGAAGCUAGAUUUUGUUUAAAAAAACUAAAAAUAGGGCUGAUUGCAUUUGGGGGACUUGUCACCAACAUAGUUUGCAAGCAGUCCCCUUACCCCAGCUCUGCAGAGCCAAGCUGUGGGGACCCCACACACCUAGGCUAGAGCUAGAGGUGUCUACCACCACGUCACACUUUAGGAUUUCUUUAUUAACUAUUUAAUAAUGCCAUACGUUUUAAUAAGGUUAGAUUGUUUGUUUGAAAGCAUCUGUUUACAUUCCAUAUUCCAAUAAAAUCAUAUUGGUAUUGGUA